CGGGCGCUUUAAGCUUCACCACACUUCUAUCUACGAACAUGUUCAUAUCAGAUAUCCCUAUAAAUGUACAUGCGAGGUGUUCUAAGGAAAUACAGAGCAACUUCAACUAAACACACAACAAAAACCAAGAGUGAGGGAACAAUGGGUGCAGGUGGGCGAAUGUCGGAUCCUCCUACAGCCAAAAAAACUGAAACAGAAGCACUUCGACGCGCUCCUCAUGAGAAACCUCCUUUUACCAUUGGUGACCUCAAGAAAGCCAUUCCUGCCCAUUGCUUUGAAAAAUCACUCAUAACUUCUUUUCGUUACCUCAUUCAAGAUCUCCUCAUGGCCUAUGCCCUCUACUUUGUUGCUACUAAUUACAUUGACCAGUAUCUUCCCCAUCCAAUCAACUACUUGGGUUGGGCUGCUUACAUUGCUGUCCAGGGGUGUGUCUUGACGGGAGCUUGGGUUGUAGGCCAUGAAUGUGAUCAUGACGCCUUUAGCGAUUAUGGUUGGGUGAACGACCUUGUUGGCCUUAUUGUCCACUCUUCUCUCAUGGUCCCUUAUUUCUCUUGGAAAAUUAGCCACAGACGUCACCACGCCAACACCCAGUCGCUUGAGAAUGAUGAAGUUUAUGUUCCCAGAUUCAAGUCCAACAUCAGGAACUACUACAAAAUUCUCAACAACCCACCCGGUCGUGUACUUGUCUGGGUUACCACACUUCUCAUAGGUUUCCCUUUAUAUUUGAUGUUUAAUGUUUCUGGACACAAGUAUGAGAGGUGGACUUCCCACUAUGAUCCCCAUAGCCCACUUUACACAGAACGUGAGCGCAAGCAGAUCAUUGUGUCUGAUCUUGCCAUUCUUGCUGUUAUCUAUGGGCUGUACAAUCUAGUAUUAGCCAAAGGAUUUGUCUGGGUUUUCUGUGUUUAUGGAGGUCCACUGCUCGUUGUCAACGGAUGGUUCACAUUGAUCACCAUCCUCAACCAUACUCAUCCUUCUGUGCCUUACUACGAUUCAACUGAAUGGGACUGGUUGAGGGGAGCUCUAUGCACUGUUGACAGAGACUAUGGAAUAUUGAACAAGGUGUUCCACAAUGUCUGCAAUGCUCAUGUCUGUCACCACAUUUUCUCCAUGAUCCCACAUUACCACGGACUUGAAGCCACAGAGGCCAUGAAGCCUGUAUUGGGUGAUUAUUAUCAGUAUGAUGGAACUCCUAUUCUUAAGGCAAUGUACAGAGAAAUGAAGGAAUGCAUUUACGUGGAGAAGGAUGAAGGCGAGACCAAAGGAGUCUACUGGUACAGAAAGGAUAUUUAGCUCAUUGUGUUAGAGAUUACCUCGAUUUAAUUCUUUCACUUAUUUCUGCAUUGUCUUUGUUUAUUCCUAGUAACUUUAGAUUGUCUAAAUGUGAUGUUGUACAAUAAGGAUAAGAAGUUGAAAACAAAUUUUCAAUGCAAUACAGAGAAUUUUCAGAAU